AUGGUGAAGGGCCUUGAGGAGAUGCCAUACGAGGAGUGGCUGAGGACACUUGGUCUGUUCAGGCUGAAGAAGAGCAGACUGAGGGGAGAUCUCACUGCAGUUACAGCUUCUGUCAUCUGUGACUCUUUGGAAGAUCAUGUUUCUGGAGCUGGCACGAGGUGCCCCGUGGGCUACUUUCCAUGUGGCAAUAUCACGAAGUGUUUGCCCCAACAGCUGCACUGUAAUGGUGAGGAUAACUGCGGGAAUCGGGCUGACGAAGACAACUGUGAGGACAACAAUGGAUGGUCUCUGCAAUUUGAUAAGCAUUAUACGAAGGACAAAUACAAUAAACUGAAAUCUCUUGCAUUUCAGACAAAGACACCUGAGUGCUUGGCUGCUGAUGUGCCAGCAGAGUGUACUUGCCAAGGGCUGGAGGUCUUCUGUGAUGCUGCCAAAUUUCGUGAUGUCCCAUCCGUCUCUUCAAACAUAACCAUAAUGUCUCUUCAGAGGAAUCUGCUAAGGAAACUUUCUGCUGAUGUUUUCAAGAAAUACCAAGAUCUUAAAAAUCUGUAUCUUCAGAAUAAUAAAAUCAGAGCCGUAUCUGAACGUGCUUUCAAAGGUUUAUACAACUUGACAAAACUAUACCUGAGCAACAACAAGAUAACGAAUUUGGAGCCUUUUGUCUUUGCAGACCUCCACAGGCUUGAAUGGCUGAUAAUUGAAAACAACAGGAUAAAUCGGAUCUAUCCAUUAACAUUCUAUGGACUCAAAUCCCUUAUUCUUCUGGAGAUGAUGAAUAAUUCUCUUGCUCGUUUGCCUGAUAAACCUCUGUGCCAAUAUAUGCCAAGAUUAAAAUGGCUAGAUCUUGAAGGCAACCAUAUCCACCAUGUGAAAAAUGCCACUUUCAUCUCCUGCACCACUCUAACUGUACUGGUGAUGAGAGGAAAUAAAAUUAGCUCCCUAAAUGAAAACAGCUUUUCUUCUCUGCAGAUGUUAGAUGAAUUAGAUUUGGCUAGCAACAAGAUUGAAUCACUUCCUCCAUAUAUAUUUAAGGAACUAAAGGAGCUUUCACAACUGAACCUUUCUUACAACCCCAUGAAGAAAAUACAAAUAGACCAGUUUGAUUUUCUAAUUAAACUCAAAUCCCUCAGCUUGGAGGGAAUUGAAAUUGCAAACAUCCAGAGGAGAAUGUUCAGACCUCUGAGAAACCUUUCCCACAUAUAUUUUAAGAAGUUCCAGUACUGUGGUUAUGCUCCUCAUGUGCGCAGCUGCAAACCCAACACUGAUGGGAUUUCCUCCCUCGAGAAUCUUUUAGCUAGCAUCAUACAGAGAGUGUUUGUCUGGGUUGUAUCUGCCAUUACCUGCUUUGGAAACAUUUUUGUUAUCUGCAUGAGGCCUUACAUCAGAUCAGAGAAUAAGCUGCAUGCCAUCUCCAUAGUAUCUCUCUGCUGUGCUGACUGUCUGAUGGGAAUAUAUUUAUUUGUGAUUGGAGCUUUUGAUCUUAAAUAUCGUGGAGAAUACAACAAGCACGCUCAGUUGUGGAUGGACAGUAUUCACUGUCAAUUGGUUGGAUCGCUGGCUAUUCUGUCUACAGAGGUGUCAGUCUUACUGUUGACUUAUCUGACUUUGGAAAAAUACAUCUGCAUAGUUUAUCCUUUUAGGUGUUUGAAACCCAGAAAAUGCAGGACAAUUUCGAUUUUGGUUCUUAUCUGGAUAAUUGGGUUUGCUGUUGCUUUUAUCCCACUGAGCAAUAAGGAAUUUUUCAGGAACUACUAUGGCACCAAUGGUGUCUGUUUUCCUCUUCACUCAGAACAAUCAGAAAGUUCAGGAAGUCAGAUUUACUCUGUUGUGAUUUUCUUAGGUGUAAACUUGGCAGCUUUUAUCAUCAUUGUGUUUUCCUAUGGGAGUAUGUUCUACAGUGUUCACCAGACAGCCAUUAUGGCUACUGAAAUUCGGAAUCAUAUUAAAAAAGAGAUGAUCCUGGCAAAACGUUUUUUCUUCAUUGUAUUUACUGACGCACUGUGUUGGAUACCUAUUUUUAUUUUGAAACUCCUUUCUUUACUUCGAGUAGAAAUACCAGGUACCAUAACUUCUUGGGUGGUGAUUUUUAUACUGCCAAUAAAUAGUGCUUUGAAUCCUCUUCUCUACACUUUGACUACACGACCUUUCAAAGAGAUGAUUCAUCAGGUUUGGUACAACUACAGACAAAGAAGAUCCAAAAGAGGUAAAGGCAUCCAGAAACCAUACGGUCCAUCAUUCAUUUGGGUAGAGAUGUGGCCAAUGCACGAAAUCACGCCAAAGGUUAUGAAGCCUGUGCUUUGUACAGACUCUUCUGAUGCUUCAGUGACUACACAGUCAACAAGAUUAAAUUCAUACACGUAA